AUGGCACAGCAAAGCACCAAGCCCAAUCAGCUCAAGGAUCUCAAGGCUGAGCUCCGUCUCCGACCUUGUAUUGCUAAGUGGGGUCUUGUUGGUGGUACUUUUGCACUAAGAUGUGUGAUGAAGAAGAAACAUCUCAAGUUUAAACCAGUCAAAGAGCUGUACGAUCAUGGCGAUACCCUUUCGAAAUCCAAGUUAUUUUCCAGAGUUUUCCGUGUUCAGCAUACGGGAAUUAAGGAUCUUAUGCUCUCCUUAGAUUGUGAAGAUUACAAAGCAGAGAUAUUAACGGCCGAUACACAAGCUUCUUAUAUGAAUGGGGUGAUCGUAGCAGAGAUAUUAACGGCCGAUACACAAGCUUCUUAUAUGAAUGGGGUGAUCGUCUUAGACACAAGACAUUUGACCGGAAAGGACAAUGUGAGAAGGAACUUCACCGAGUCAUUCUUUGAUGUUGAUCAAAGUGCACCAGCAGCACCUGGUGCUGGGCGUUCUGUUUUCCUUGAAAGUGGUGUUGAUGAACGUGAUCUAAUUGAGAGAGUUAAAAAGCUGCUAUUGGUCCAUGAUAUUUCUGAUGUUGAAAAGGAGGUCAGGAAAGAAGUAGAUGAAGCUAUUGCAAAGGCUAAGCUAAUUUGUGAUUCCAGGAGAGUCCCUGAUAAUUCUGAUCUUUUUACAAAUAUCUACGUGAAAGGUUAUGGGGUAGAGGCUCCAACGGAAAUGGACAAAGUGCAAGUCCCAAGAGAAGAAGAAAUGGGUUUGGUUGGUUUUUUCAGUUUAUCAGAAUCUUAG